UUUACAAAGGACACAUGGGGCUCUUUGACUGCUUCGCUUCUUUAUGGGGGGGGGGGGGUUGUAGAAACACUAGGUGGUCCGCGUAGGCGUUGUUGAAACAGGAAUAAACCAACAAAGGCUGAAUGCACGAAACUCUCUCAGUGAAACUACUCUAUAUUUAGAGAGCCGUACAAAAUACAACUUAGUGAACCCUUUCAGCUAAACAACGAUGUGCUCACAGAGGCCAAGGACAUAGGGUAUCUUUCGAAACUACUGUACAUUCACAGGGGCGUAUAACAUAAGACUUCAGCCCUGUGUUGAUUAAUUCUAAUUAAAAUUUCAGAAAAUGGAAAUAUUAGAAAAGGAGUAACCUGUGUCGAUUUGUUUCCAGUCCCUCUGGGUAGAGGGUUUGAAUACUCGCGAAAACCUACCCUUCCAGCUGAUGUAUAUAGAUGUAAUAUAACAGAGUUUCGCGACAGAGUGUUUGAAUACACUCGGGAGCCUACCGUUCCUUUCUCUGUGUAUGAAGCAACCUACACGCCAGGUGUGCAAAGAAGUCACAAGCCAAAUAACCCUCCCCUGUGACAUGUAUAACACAACCUACACGCAAGUCUUGCUUGUUCCAAAGGUAACCGCUCUAGCGGUAAUACCAUCUGCACCGAAAGUAGUACCGCUAUGGUGCAAUCCUUUUUUUGUGUCGUUUGUCGUCAUGGCGACCCUGGUCACGGUGGCUGUUUUAGCAGUCAACUGGGACAACGGAGACCAGAAAGAUGACGAUAAAGAAGACGAGAACAAGAUGUCUUCCGACAUGAGGAUCUGCCUGACAGAGGAACAAUGCGCACAUCCGCCAACGUACAACCCUGCAGCCCUGGAGAAUGAUCUGCGUGGUAAACAUACAACAGACAAUGACACGAGGACAGACUUCAUAGAAAAGAAAGUUCAAGCAUUAGUUCCUUUUCGUGCGCGGUGUGAGUCCAGACCACCUCCUGUCAUGGGCUUUAAUCCAGUGGGCAUCCAUCAUGACAACCACGAGUCCAGUAGAAUUACACUUCAAGAGACAGUAUCUGAUAUCGAAGCUGCCAGUAAACAGCUCGCAGUCAAAUCACUUGCUUCCAUGAAGGGCCCAGAACCAACUCAGCCCACAGAGAAGGAGAGAUCAUUUAAGUCACAGUACACCACAGGCUGGCUAGCAGCACUGACUAGAGUAGUAAGGUGUAUUGACCGCCUGACGUCGUCCAACAGCAUCACCAUUGAUGGACGUCGACUGCUGCCUCUAAAGACCGCUGCACUCGGUCUCACCGAAUUUGACACUGCCUUGGCGCCUGUACUGAUGUUCAACAUCAGAAGAAAAUACCAUUUUGAGUUUCCAGGCGACCACGAGAUCGCCCGGUGUGACCCAGAGGAGUUACCAGGCGACCACAUAAAUGCGACAGGCAAAUACGAAAUCAUCGACGUAGAAAGAGGCAUUGUAAAAUCUAGAGACAUUGUCAAGACCGAGGAGUCAUGUUUGCAGAUGUCCAAGACUGUUUUGGCUGCAGUCUCGAUAGCAGACCUGAACACCACAACACCUCUGAGACCUGCCAUUGUACAGGAAAGCAAUAGCAUUCAUUUAAGUGAUGCCAUAAAAUCUGCUUCACCUACCAUCUCAGCCGAACUGCAACCGUUGCAUCCUUUAAGAACGUGGAGAUGGAGUUACAGCAAAAGGAUGCUUCAAGUGACAAUGAUAACGAAAGUGUCACCCGCAGUAAGGGUAUCGGUGGUCGCGUGUUGA